UCUUUCCCUCCACUUCCAAUCUCUUGCGUCGCUCCUCUCUCACGUUUCCUUUUGCAUUUUUGUAUAGUAACGGGAGAGUGUGUCGAGAGAUUAAAUUGCCUAAACCCCUCCCACUCCUUCAUGGAAAUGGACCCGAGCUGGGAGCUUAUGAGCCUCUUUGAAGAGCUAAAUGGCUCUGUCAUGGAGAUCCCAGGAGUCGAAAAGAAUUACUUGUUCCACCAGGCUGAGCUCUGCGUCCCUUUUCCGGAUCACUUGUCUGGUUCGCUUUCCGUAGUAUGCCAAACACCCAUCCCGCAGCCGCAGGCCGUGGCAUGUAGGGCAGGGCAGAGUCAGGGAGACAGGGACAGGAAAGACAUCGAGGCGCCUGAUGCCAGCAACGAACACUCUCCGGUGACUCCUCCUGAGACUCGCGUGACAGAGGUCAAGAUGAAGAGGAACAAGAAUAUCUCUGGAAACGAGAAGAGAGCGAGAGGCGAUUCGAAGAAAGCGGAGAAUCCAAAAGAGGUGGUUCAUGUGAGGGCAAGAAGAGGGCAAGCCACUGACAGCCACAGCCUGGCCGAGCGGGUCAGAAGAAAGAGGAUCAACGAAAGAAUGCAUUGCUUACAAGGCCUCGUUCCUUGCUGUCAUAAGGCCAUGGGCACGGCGAGGAUGCUCGACGAGAUAAUUAACUAUGUACAAUCACUGCAGAACCAAGUUGAGUUUCUUUCGAUGAAACUUUCGGCUGCAAGCUCGUUCUAUGGCUACUGCUUCGACAUGGAGACUAUUGCAACACCACAGGUGAUGUAUGCUUGCACUGAAGCUCUGAAGUGCAUGUACAGUUCUCAUGUAAGCUUUUGGAUCUUACGACAAUGA